GGCCGGUCAGUUUUUUGGAAAGUUUGACACAAGCGGGCUGUUUCUUGCGCAUUGAAGAAAAACCCCCGCGUCGGAGUGUCAUUAUCUGGCUGGUGUGUGUGCAGAAGUGUUCCGAUUAUCUGCAAGUGUUUACCAGUCGCCACACUCGAUUACCAUGCAACAGAUGGAGAGCGGUAGCCCGUCGCCGGCCAGUAUCGGAUCCAGCGUGGGAUCCGGGUCCAGCGCCGGGUCCGGAUCCGGGGCGGCUGGUUCCGAGAAGUCGGAGCACGUGAAGCGGCCGAUGAACGCGUUCAUGGUGUGGUCGCGGAUGCAGCGGCGGCGCAUCGCGCAGGAUAACCCCAAGCUGCACAACAGCGAGAUCUCCAAACAGCUCGGUGCACAAUGGAAGGUGCUCUCCGAGGCCGAGAAGCGACCGUUUAUCGACGAAGCGAAGCGGAUUCGGGCGCAGCACAUGCAGGACCACCCGGACUACAAGUACCGACCGCGCCGCAAACCCAAGCCGAUGAAGAAGAACGAGCCGUUCCCGUACCCGUACCCGCACGUGGCGCUGGAGCCGGUCCGCGGAGCCACAGGAUUCCCCGGCGCAAUGUCGUCUUACUACAGUAACGGCUACAACCCAUUCGCGGCAGCUCACAUGGCAGCGGCGGCGGCUGCGGCAGCGGCUCAAACUGCCCAGGUCUCUGGUAGCUCGAUGUAUUACAACAACCCAGCGGCGUACUCCACGCUGGCGCCAUCUCUUGGCGCGAUGUCUCAGCCCACCUACACUAGCGCCACCUCGGCAGCAGCUCUCAACAAACAGUACGAGCAGCGCCUCGCCGAGUAUCAGCGUGCCGCCACGGCAGACUUCCAGCAGCGUGCUUCCCCGGAGCAGCCCGCCAAGUACCCUGAGCCCAGCAAGUACCCGACGCCCGACCCUACCAAGUAUCAGACCUCCGAGCUCGGAAAGUACCAGACCGCGGAGCUCAGCAAGUACCCGAGCUCCGAGCUCGCCAAAUACCACAGCGCCGACCUAAGCAAGUACGCCGAGGCCAAGCCGGAGGCGGGCCGUGGAUACGGUGUCGACGCGUUCCGUCCUUUCGAGGUCAAACCAGAACCGAGUCGCUCUCCCGAGUCGGUCCCGGCCGCGCCCCAGCUGCCCCUCGGGUACACUAACGAGGCCCUCGCAGGUCUGUACCAGCAGACGCCAAACCCGUACCAGUACGCUGGCCUGCAGGCGAGCCACGCGACGCCAGCGGCCGGGCAGCAGGCGGGGUACGGUACCGCCGCGUACGGUACCGCGGCUGGGUCCGGGGAGUACCGGAGACCGCUGUCUGUACUCUUCUGAGCAGAACGUGAGUUAAAGAAACUAAGACAGAAAUUCAAAUCGGACGUGUCUUUGUCCAUGUCACCUACGCGUCCUAGCAUAUCUCCUUGCUUCUAAGGAGCCUGUCUUUAGAUUCUUAGGACUUGCUAAAGCUGAGAUAAUAUUCCAUUUUCUAGAGUUUCUGCUAAGAAAAGUGUAAAUUUACAGCUAAGACGACUGCGUAGCUGUACGGCAGCUUUCUGAUCGGCUCGACUCCGAGCAACGUGUGGACCAAUUGUCCUUCGAGGUGCAUCUGUGAUAUGAUUAGAUCUAAGACUGAAACGUUGUUGCGAUUGAUGAGUGUUUCCCACUUGUUGGGAAAAUGUCCCAUGUUGUGUGAUGUGGUUUGCCAUAGGGUAAAUUGAGAUGUUCUCUGCUCAGGAAUGCGUUUUGUAUAUACUUCAUAUCUUUAUUCAGAGCUUGUAGUAAAGCAAGGCAUUUCGUUUUUGUAGUUCCUUGAUAGUGUGGCUUCUACGAUAGAUGCUUUAAGUCAAUGUCAGUCAUGGAGCGUAUCUCUACACGUUUCAGUCCUCUUGACCGCAAUGGUUUCGUUUUUCGUAGCCAUUUUGUCAAGUGGCCGUCUAUUUUUAUAUAUUUAUCGCUACCAACUGAAGUUCCUAUCUAGACAUAAUCUUAUGAUGAUUUGUCUUCUGUGAAUGGUUCUGGUUUUGUAUCAAUUGUGCUAAGAUGAAUAAAAUUCAACAAAUG